AUGGAUCAAUUACCAUUAAAGAAAAGAAUUAUACAAUCAUAUCGUCAAUCACCACCACCAUCAUCACCAACAACAUCGGAAACUGAUUCAUUGGAUAGUGGAUUUUCUGAACAAUGUUUAAUGAAUUUAAUUGAACCAUUAGAUCUUUCAUAUCAAACAUCAUUGAUUUCAUCAUCGAUUAAUAGUGAUUCCGAAACGACUAUCGAUAAUAGCGAUGUUAGUUUGAUGAUCCAUGAUCAAUCAUCAUCACCGCAUUUACAAAUGAUGAUAUCGGUGGAUGAAUUCAAAAAUCAUCAUCAACAACAACGAUUAAUAUGUCCAAAUUGUAAUAAAAUAUAUGAAUCAAAUUCACGUUAUCGUGCACAUAUACGUCGUCAUGAAAGUAAACAAAGUGGCCGUUAUCAAUGUAAUAUAUGUCAGAAAAAUUUUGUACAACGUUCCAGUUUACGAACACAUAUUCGUAUACAUACGGGUGAAAAACCAUAUCAUUGUACAAUUUGUGAACAACGUUUUGGUGAUUUUUCUACCUAUACUAAACAUCGUCGUACGCAUACAGGUGAAAAACCAUAUCAAUGUCCGGCCUGUUUUCGUUCAUUUUCACAAUCGGGUAAUAUGCAUCGUCAUUUAAAAGUUGUACAUAGACCACGCCCAUCAUCAUCAUCUAGUAGCCUAUAUAAAUCAAUAAAAUUGGAAUCAAAAAUCAAUUGAAAGAAAACAAUGAAACAUGCUUGUAUUUGUGUUAAUGUUGUUGUU